GUUUUAAGAGAGAAAGAAUCAAGAGAGACAAAGAACUAAUGGAAAACGUAGUGACGAAACAGAGUAUCCCUCUCCUCGCGCCCUACAAGAUGGGUAGAUUCAAUCUUUCCCACAGGAUUGUUCUUGCACCACUGACGAGACAAAGAUCAUACGGAAACGUUCCUCAACCUCAUGCUGUGCUAUACUACGCUCAGAGAACCACCCCAGGAGGUCUUCUCAUCACUGAAGCCACUGGAGUUUCAGAUACAGCUCAAGGGUAUCAAGAUACACCUGGAAUAUGGACUAAAGAGCAUGUGGAGGCAUGGAAGCCAAUCGUGGACGCUGUUCAUGCCAAAGGUGGCAUCAUCUUCUGUCAGAUUUGGCAUGUUGGCAGAGUUUCUAAUAAAGGUUUUCAGCCAAAUGGGCAAGCUCCCAUCUCUUGUACAGACAAGCCAUUGAUGCCUCAGAUCCGCUCUAACGGCAUCGAUGAAGCCAUGUUUACCCCUCCAAGACGCCUAAGUACUGAAGAGAUCCCCACCAUUGUCAACCAUUUCAGGCUUGCAGCAAGAAACGCUAUGGAAGCUGGCUUCGACGGAGUAGAGAUACAUGGAGCUAAUGGCUAUCUCAUCGACCAGUUCAUGAAAGACACGGUGAACGAUAGAACUGACGAAUACGGUGGAUCAUUACAAAACCGCUGCAAAUUCGCUCUAGACAUAGUCGAAGCAGUGGCCAACGAGAUCGGGCCUGAUCGCGUUGGAAUCAGGCUCUCUCCCUUCGCAGACUACAUGGAAUCAGGAGACACAAACCCACAAGCAUUAGCGGUUCACAUGGCGGAGUCUCUGAACAAAUACGGAAUCUUAUACUGUCACGUGAUCGAAGCGAGGAUGAAAACAAUGGGUGAAGUAACAGAGUGUCCUCACACUUUAACGCCGAUGAGAAAAGCCUUCUCGGGGACGUUUAUUGCUGCUGGAGGUUUUAAGAGGGAAGACGGGAACGAGGCGGUUGAUAAGGGAAGGACUGAUCUGGUGGCUUAUGGUCGGUGGUUUCUGGCGAACCCCGAUCUGCCAAAGAGGUUUGAAGUUGAUGCGGCGUUGAAUAAGUAUGAUAGAUCAACGUUUUAUGCUUCUGACCCUGUGGUGGGCUACACUGACUACCCGUUUCUUGAUUCAACAGCUAGUUAAUACAUGUCGUUAUGUGUUUUUGUUUUUUCAUGUAAUAAGACGACAUUGUCGGUCAAACUGCAACCACGAGUAUUUUGUAUACACUACUUUCAUAUAGUCAUAUUGAGUCCAUGAUUAUACGAUAUCCCAUUUUA